CCGCCAUGUCCGCCCUCGCCCUCGCCCCCGCCGCGCCAUCACUGCUGGCGCGCAUGUCCGCCCUCUUCCCCAUUGCCCGCGCGGGCGCGCUGCCAUGGCUUGCGGCGCCGCUCGGCGCGCUCGCGGGCCUCCGCUCCCUCCUGGAGCUGCUGCCGCCCAUCGUCCUCGCCGUGCCGAAGAGCAAGAUCUCGCACUCGCGCAAGAGCAUGCGAUCGGCGAACAAGGGGAUCAAGCCCAAGAUGAACUUCUCACACUGCGAGGCGUGCGGCACCGUCAAGCUCCAGCAUCACAUGUGCCCCAAGUGCUUCUCGGAGAUCUCGCGCAAGUGGAAGGGGCAGAGCCGCGCGCCGCCGCGCGUGUGAUACCGAGUUAGGUUUUGGCGCAGAGGACCCGCGCGCAUGCGGGCUUGUAGAGUGAUGGCAUUGCAUAACGUCUCGAA